GAGCAGGGCGGGCGCUAGGACCCGGGGCAGCCGAGUUCCUGUUGCAGCAGCCGACGGUGCAAACACUCACUCCCCCAGAAGCAGGGGAUUCCUGGCUGCUGGCUCCCAGGAGGGCUUCCCCCGGCCCCCGAGCGGCCCCCUGACCCCGGCCCGCGCUCCGCCAGCCGCAGCGCUGACGUGGGUCAGAAGCCGCCGAGCGGACGCCCGCACACGUGGCGUGGACCCCUGCCGCCCGUGCCCAGAACCUGCCUGCAGCCCCAGAGGCCUCGUGGAAGGGGUGGGGAGGCCUGCCGUGGCACCUGGGCCCCGGUGGGGCACCGGCCUAGCCGCACAGAGCGCUGCGUCCCGGGGAGGCAGCGAGGCCCCGUUUCCGGGGCGGCCCCUGGAGCUGCCCGUGGUGCUGCAAGCUGCCCACAUGUGACUCUGCCAGGACUGUGCAUCCACGCCAUGGCCAGCAACAGCAGUUCCUGCCCCGCGCCGGGGGGCGGGCACCUCAAUGGGUACCCCAGUGCCCCACUACGCCUUCUUCUUCACACACAUGAUUGGGGGCCUCUCGCCACCAGGCGCACUGGCGGGCAUGCAGCACCAGCUGCCUGUGAGUGGAUACAGCACCCCCUCACCAGCACCAUCGAAACGCAGAGCACCAGCUCCGAGGAGAUCGUCCCCAGCCCUCCCUCGCCACCCCCGCUGCCCCGGAUCUACAAGCCCUGCUUCGUGUGCCAGGACAAAUCCUCGGGCUACCACUAUGGGGUGAGCGCCUGUGAGGGCUGCAAGGGCUUCUUCCGCCGGAGCAUCCAGAAGAACAUGGUCUACACCUGCCACCGCGACAAGAGCUGCAUCAUCAACAAGGUGACGCGGAACCGGUGCCAGUACUGCCGCCUGCAGAAGUGCUUCGACGUGGGCAUGUCCAAGGAGUCUGUCCGGAACGACAGGAACAAGAAGAAGAAGGAGGCGCCGAAGCAGGAGUGUUCGGAGAGCUACAUCCUCACGCCCGAGGUGGAGGAUCUCAUUGAGAAAGUGCGCAAAGCCCACCAGGAGACCUUCCCCGCCCUGUGCCAGCUCGGCAAAUACACUACGAACAACAGCUCAGAGCAGCGAGUCUCGCUGGACAUCGACCUGUGGGACAAGUUCAGCGAACUCUCCACCAAGUGCAUCAUCAAGACGGUGGAGUUCGCCAAGCAGCUGCCCGGCUUCACCACGCUCACCAUUGCCGACCAGAUCACCCUGCUCAAGGCCGCCUGCCUGGACAUCCUGAUCCUGCGGAUCUGUACGCGCUACACACCGGAGCAGGACACCAUGACCUUCUCGGACGGGCUGACCCUGAACCGCACCCAGAUGCACAACGCCGGGUUCGGGCCGCUCACCGACCUCGUCUUCGCCUUCGCCAACCAGCUGCUCCCGCUGGAGAUGGACGAUGCGGAGACCGGGCUGCUCAGCGCCAUCUGCCUCAUCUGCGGGGAUCGCCAGGACCUGGAGCAGGCCGACACAGUGGACAAGCUGCAGGAGCCGCUGCUGGAGGCGCUGAAGAUCUACGUGAGGAAGAGGAGGCCCACCAAGCCCCACAUGUUCCCCAAGAUGCUGAUGAAGAUCACGGACCUGCGCAGCAUCAGCGCCAAGGGCGCCGAGCGGGUGAUCACGCUGAAGAUGGAGAUCCCCGGCUCCAUGCCGCCCCUCAUCCAGGAGAUGCUGGAGAACUCGGAGGGCCUGGACACACUGGGCGGGCAGCCGGGCGCCUCCCGCGUGAGCAGCCUGGCGCCGCCCCCCGGCAGCUGCAGCCCCAGCCUGUCGCCCAGCUCCAACAGAAGCUCGUCCACCCACUCGCCGUGACGCCGCAGCCGGCGCCGGCGCCAGGACGCCGUUCUUGCUCUUUGCUGCCAGGCCCGAGGGCCGCAUGGCAAGCCGGGGAGGAGGGGACGCUGCCGCGGGCCACCCCCUGCUCCGGGCCCCGGGCCCCAGCCCGUUCCUGUCCGUACCAGCACACGCUGUGGCCAUGGCUUCCCUGUUGAUUUGUGACGGACUCCUCGGUAGAAUCAGAAGUGGAUCCUGUGGGCACUGCCAGGGGGCCGCUGGCUCUGCGGGGGGCACUGAGCCCUCGCUGGGAUCAGCUGGGGCUGGUUUACAGACCCCCAGCGACUGAUGUUCGUACCCAGGUUGGAGCAAACUAGCGCCCCGCUCCCCCCACUCACCCCCCCCAGCGCGGUGGCGCAGGGGUCCGGCCCAUGGCUGGGGGGCGCUGCACCCAUGUGAAGAUGAAGUGUCGUUUGGUUGAGUUGCAUUUCAAGUGUUUCCGGGGGGGGGUUGGGGGGAGUGGGUCAGUUUGGGAAACGUUUGUUGUUUUUUAAAAUUUUCAUGAGCAAAAUCGAUCAGCUGAUUGUGGCCGUCACGUGCACCCCCACCACAUUUCCCCCCCCACACACACACACACGCCUGUCGUCACCAGCAAAACCAACAACAAUCCAGUCCGCUUGUCAGGUAAACCCAGAAACACCCCCAGGAACCAGAGGCCAAUUCCUUGCAAAGCCAGACAAAGCCAGAUUAUAUAUCUAUAAAUAGCUAUAAAUAUCUAUAAAUACCUUUUAAAAACUUUGUAAAAGUCGGGAGGGGUUUUUAGAGAUGUGCUGCGGUUGGCAAGAGGGGGGUCCCGGUUCUGGAUGUGAAGUGGGGGCAGGGAGGGGCUGGGGGGGGACAGGGGUCCACACAAUUUAUUAUUAUUAAAUUUUUUUUGUUGUUGAGAUUUUCAUGGCUUUGGAAUCUCUGGGGAGAAGUUGAAAGAGGAAGAAAAACACAAACCCAAAGAGGCUCCCCCCCGGGGGUAUUUCCCCCCCCAUGCCACUGGGCUGUUCUUGAUUCCUCUGAAAUCCAGUUGGGGGGCACUGGACAUGGCCUGUCAGUCUCUGCCUCGGGCAGGGGGGGCUGUUUGAUUUGAAGUGUGUUUCUCUGGGGGAGGACCAGCGACCUCCACAGAUAACAUCUGCUGGGGGCACAUAGAAGGGCUGGCGGGUGGCAUUACGGCGGGGCAGAUGUGGGGCUGGGCGGGUGGCUUAGUGCCUGGGGGGGCUCUGCCUGGAGGUUGCUGCUCAUUCACCUGCUUGGCUUGUUCCUGCCACACACGGGGGUUCGGCGGGGGGGGGGGGCAGAGCUGAGCCUGGCAUUGGCACAGCUGGCCUGUUAGCCCCCCAGUGCCCUGGCUCAGCCUGCCCCAGACGAUCAGGUGUGGGUCCUGGGGUGAAGAUGGGGGCUGGCAGGAGGCCAGGCCAGGGGGGUGGCCAGGCUGGGGGCUGGCAGGAGGCCAGGCUGGGGGGUGGCCAGGCUGGGGGCUGAUGGCGUUCGUUAUACCAGCUCCCUGUCACGUCUGCUGCUUCCCUGGCCCUGGCAAUCCUCCUCCCCUGCCACACACGCAUCCCCUUGCGGUGUCUGCCCUGCAAUGAGUAUGGGGGGGCACUGGGUGUAGGAGGGGGUGGGAGGGAGGGACCUGGGUUGCAGUGCCCCCCCCAGCCCUCCCCUGCUAGCUGGGCCAGUCACGCCCUAGGCUGCUGGGGGGAGUGAAGCCGAGCUCGACCGGCUGAGAACUGGUGGGACGGAUCUCGCUUGGGGUGGGGGGGGAAGCACCAACAGCCCAGAGUCCAGGAAAGCAGCUGCCCUCACCUGAGAGAGACACUGUGGUGGGGGUUUGGGGGGAGGGGGGGAGCGUCCUGGGGCCGCUGGAUGGGUGGCUCUGAGCCAUGAGUGGCAGCUGGGCAUUGGGGCCAUUGGCCAGACCCUGCGGGCAAGGCUCAGACUGGCUGGGCUGGCAGUGGGCGCUGGGCAGACCUGGUUCGCCGGGGACAGGCAGGAUCCCCUUGGACGAGCGCAGCCCUAGGUGCCGACCCCCCACACGUGCGGGCAGGGGCCACAUAGUGCAGCCCAGUGGGGAGGCCGGGGCCUGCCUGAGCCAGCUACCAGUGCCCACCCCAGCGUGUCGAGGGCAGCGCUGGGUGCUGGGCCGGGGCCGCGCGAGUCCUGCCCGGGGAUGGGGGGGGUUGCUCAUUUUCAGGGUUGUGGUUUAUUACAUUAAAGCAUCUUUAGCCCCAUGGGCCUGCUGCUUUCGGGGCUGGGCACCAGGAGCAGCAAAGCUGCCCCCCACAGAUGAAUUAAUACUAGGGCUGUCGAUUAAUCGUAGUUAACUCACACACUUGAUUCAAGAAAUGUAGCGCGAUUAAUCACCCUGGUAGUAGAAUACCAACUGAACUGUAUUAAAUAGUUUGGAUGUUUUUCUACAUUUUCAAAUACAUUGAUUUCUAUUACAACACAGAACACGAAGUGCACAGUGCUCACUUUCUAUUUGUUUUUAUUACAAAUAUUUGCA